CCGCCCCGCCCCGCCCUGCGCGCAGUAUCCGCGGGGGUGGGCGGCCUCGCCUGCAGGGCGCCCAGGCGAUUGGUGACUCGCGAAGGAGACGCAAGGAAAAGUCGAAUAAGAGGGCGCGACGUCAGACCCGAGAUUUGGGGAAGGGCGAGGGAGGGGGGUGAGGGUGGGGACGGACACACAGACACAGAUACGGACACGCACCUCCCGCACGACACCCCAAGUGUCCACAACUUUAGGCCGCCUUAGCCCGGGGCGCAGAGGCCGGGGAUGGGGGUGCGGGGAGUGUAGUGUGAGUAGAGAGAAAUAGGUUUUAAAACGAAAAGAAAGAGUGAAGGGAACAGAGAGGGGAGAGAAAGGAGUAGUGAGAGAGGGAAAGAGAAGAGAAAGACGAGAGUUUCAUAGCAUCCAGGAAAGUGAAAGAGCCCGAAGGAGCGGAAGCGAUCCUGGGGGUUGGUGGGGGGGGGGAGAGGAGCGCAGAAAGGGGAGGGGAGAGGAAGGGCGAGGAGGGGGAGUGAAAACUAGAGGAGGGCGAGGGAAGCGAGGCGCGACACAGCUCGGGGAGAGGAGGGCAGUGAGGAGCAAGGCGCGGGCAGAGGCAGCUCCGGCUGCCGAGAGGAGGGAGCGCGGCGCAGAGAGGAGGGGCUUGCGGGCCCGUAGAAAUGUCAAUCAGAGCCCGGAGCCCCGGGAAUCUCCGCCAAUCUGUUCGGACCUGACCUGGCUCCUUGCCUCCGCCGCCGCCGCCGCCGCCGCGGAGCAGAUCAAUAGGCAAACGCCGAGCGCAGCGCAGCGCGGGAGGCAGCGCGGCCCCAGCCCGGCCCAGCCCCCGAUGCGCGCCGCAGCCCGCGGGCGGCGCUGAGCUGGGCGGCCCCAGGGGCCGGGCCCCCUCUCCGUCCGUGCCCCGCGGGCCACCAUGUCCUUCCCCCAGCUCGGAUACCAGUACAUCCGCCCGCUCUACCCACCCGAGCGCCCGGGGGCCGCCGCCGGCGGUGGCAGCGCUGGGGCACGGGGCGGCCCGGGAGCCGGAGCCUCAGAGCUGGCUGCCUCGGGGUCCCUGUCCAACGUACUCUCGUCCGUGUACGGGGCGCCCUACGCCGCGGCGGCAGCGGCAGCCGCAGCCGCCCAAGGCUACGGCGCCUUCCUGCCCUACGCGGCCGAGCUGCCCAUCUUCCCGCAGCUGGGCACGCAGUAUGAGCUGAAGGACAGCCCGGGGGUGCAGCAUCCGGCCGCGGCCACCGCGUUUCCUCACCCGCACCCCGCCUUCUACCCAUACGGCCAGUACCAGUUCGGGGACCCGUCCCGUCCCAAGAACGCCACCCGGGAGAGCACUAGUACGCUGAAGGCCUGGCUGAACGAGCACCGCAAGAACCCCUACCCCACCAAGGGCGAGAAGAUCAUGCUGGCCAUCAUCACCAAGAUGACCCUCACCCAGGUGUCCACCUGGUUCGCCAACGCGCGCCGGCGCCUCAAGAAAGAGAACAAGAUGACUUGGGCGCCCCGCAGCCGCACGGACGAGGAGGGCAACGCUUACGGGAGCGAGCGAGAGGAGGAAGACGAGGAGGAGGAUGAAGAAGACAGCAAACGCGAACUGGAGCUGGAGGAGGAGGAACUCGGGGGGGAGGAGGAGGACACCGGGGGCGAGGGCCUGGCUGACGACGAGGAGGACGAGGAGAUCGAUUUGGAGAACUUAGACGGCGCGGCCGCGGGGCCCGAGCUGGCCCUGCCUGGCGCGGCGCACAGGGACGGCGACCUCGGCCUGGAACCCACCUCAGACUCCAAGAAUAGCGACUCCGACGACAGUUCCGAGGGCUUGGAGGAGCGUCCACUGCCUGUCCUGAGUCUGGCCCCAGUGCCACCGCCGGUGGCCGCGACUCCGCCAUCACCGGCCUCGCCCUCAGCAGGCCUGGACCCCUGCGCUCCCGCACCAGCGCCCGCCUCGGCCCUGCAAAAACCCAAGAUCUGGUCCCUGGCCGAGACCGCCACAAGCCCGGACAACCCGCGCCGCUCGCCUCCGGGCGCGGGGGGUUCUCCCCCCGGGGCAGCCGUCGCGCCCCCAGCCCUGCAGCUCUCUCCGGCCGCCGCCGCCGCCGCGGCUCAGAGACUCGUCUCGGCGCCGCUGGGCAAGUUCUCCGCUUGGACCAACCGGCCGUUCCCAGGCCCGCCGCCCAGCCCACGCCCGCACCCGCACCCGCUCUCCCUGCUGGGCUCGGCCCCUCCACACCUGCUGGGACUUCCCGGAGCCGCGGGCCACCCGGCCGCCGCCGCCGCCUUCGCUCGGCCGGCGGAGCCCGAGGGCGGAACAGAUCGUUGUAGUGCCUUGGAAGUGGAGAAAAAGUUACUCAAGACAGCUUUCCAGCCCGUGCCCAGGCGGCCCCAGAACCACCUGGACGCCGCUCUGGUCUUAUCGGCUCUCUCCUCAUCCUAGUUCUUUUUAAAAACAAAAUUUUUUUAAAUCGUUGUAAUAAUUGUAAAAACCAAAUCGCUCUGUAUAGUUAUGAUUUGUAAGCAUGUCCGUGUAUGAAUACCUAAAAAGAAAACGAAACAAAAAAAGAAAAAGAAAUAAAACAAAUCUCCCCCCGGUCCUCCCCCGGUGGUUUCUGUACCCCACAUUAGCUGAGUUCGUGAGGUUUGUUUGUUCGGUUGAUUUGGGGGGGGGGGUGGAGUUUCAGUGAGAAUAAGCGUGUUUGACUUUUUUUGUAUAUACAGAAAAAUGUACAUAUGUGUGAACCAAAUUGUACAAGAAAGUAUCUAUUUUUGGCUAAAUAAAUGAGCUGUUGCCACUUUGACUAUAA